AUGGAGGCGCCGGCGGGCGAGCCUCCGGCCCGGGGCUGCGGCCCCCCGCCCGCGCCCGUCCCGGAGAGGAAGAAGAGCCACCGCGCGCCGUCGCCGGCCCGGCCCAAGGACGUGGCCGGCUGGUCGCUGGCCAAGGGCCGACGCGGCCCAGGCCCGGGCGCCGCUGCCGCCUGCAGCGCCGCGUCCUCGGCACGGCCCGACAAGAAGGGGCGCGCUGUGGCGCCCGGGGCGCGGGGCGCCGGGGCGCGGGUGGCCGGAGUCCGCACCGGGGUCCGCGCCAAGGGCCGCCCGCGCCCGGGUGCCGGGCCGCGACCACCGCCACCGCCGCCCAGCCUCACCGACAGCAGCUCGGAGGUGUCGGACUGCGCGUCGGAGGAGGCGCGCCUGCUGGGCCUGGAGCUGGGGCUGAGCAGCGAUGCCGAGUCGGCGGCCGGGGGCCCGGCGGGGGCCCGCAGCGGGCAGCCGUCCCAGCCCGCGCCGUCCGCGCCGCAGCCUCCGCGGCCGCCCGCCUCCCCGGAUGAGCCGUCGAUGGCCGCGUCGUCGGUGGGCAGCAGCCGCCUGCCGCUCAGUGCCUCGCUCGCCUUCUCCGACCUCACCGAGGAGAUGCUGGACUGCGGCCCCGGCGGCUUAGUGCGCGAGCUGGAGGAGCUGCGUUCCGAGAACGACUAUCUGAAGGAUGAGAUUGAAGAGCUGCGGGCUGAGAUGCUGGAGAUGCGGGACGUCUACAUGGAGGAAGAUGUGUAUCAGCUGCAGGAGCUGCGGCAGCAGCUGGACCAGGCCAGCAAGACCUGCCGCAUCCUGCAGUACCGGCUGCGCAAAGCCGAGCGCCGCAGCCUCCGUGCAGCCCAGACAGGCCAGGUGGACGGCGAGCUCAUCCGAGGUCUGGAGCAGGAUGUCAAGGUCUCAAAGGACAUCUCCAUGCGGCUGCAUAAGGAGCUCGAGGUGGUAGAGAAGAAGCGGGCACGGCUGGAGGAGGAGAACGAGGAGCUUCGGCAGCGGCUCAUCGAGACCGAGCUGGCUAAGCAGGUGCUGCAGACAGAGCUGGAGCGGCCACGAGAGCAUUCCUUGAAGAAAAGAGGAACCCGCUCCCUGGGGAAGACAGACAAGAAGGCUUUGAUGCAGGAGGACAGUGCGGACCUGAAAUGUCAGCUGCACUUUGCAAAGGAGGAGUCAGCCCUCAUGUGCAAGAAGCUCACCAAGCUCGCCAAGGAGAACGACAGCAUGAAGGAGGAGCUGCUUAAGUACCGCUCGCUCUAUGGGGACCUGGAUGGUGCCCUGUCGGCCGAGGAGCUGGCCGAUGCGCCCCACUCGCGGGAGACUGAGCUGAAGGUGCACCUGAAGCUGGUGGAGGAGGAAGCCAACCUGCUGAGCCGCCGCAUCGUGGAGCUGGAGGUGGAGAACCGAGGUCUGCGGGCCGAGAUGGACGACAUGAAGGAUCAUGGUGGUGGCUGUGGGGGGCCCGAGGCACGGCUGGCCUUCUCUGCGCUGGGCGGCAGCGAGUGCGGGGAGAGCCUGGCCGAGCUGCGGCGACAUCUGCAGUUUGUGGAAGAGGAGGCGGAGCUGCUGCGGCGCUCCUCGGCUGAACUGGAGGACCAGAACAAGCUGCUGCUGAGCGAGCUGGCCAAGUACCGCUCGGAGCACGAGCUGGACGUGACGCUGUCGGAGGACAGCUGCUCUGUGCUCAGCGAGCCCUCACAGGAGGAGCUGGCGGCCGCCAAACUGCAGAUCGGCGAGCUCAGCGGCAAGGUCAAGAAGCUCCAGUAUGAGAACCGCGUGCUGCUCUCCAACCUCCAGCGCUGUGACCUCGCCUCCUGCCAGAGCACGCGGCCAAUGCUGGAGACGGACGCUGAGGCCGGGGACUCUGCCCAGUGUGUGCCCGCUCCCCCUGGCGAGGCCCAUGAGCCUCAUGUGGCCCGGCUCUGCAGGGCCAGGGAGGCCGAGGCACUGCCUGGCCUGAGGGAGCAGGCCACCCUGGUCAGCAAGGCCAUCGACGUCCUGGUAGCCGAUGCCAAUGGCUUCUCAGCGGGCCUCCGGCUGUAUCUGGACAAUGAGUGUGCUGACUUUCGGCUGCAUGAAGCCCCCGACAACAGCGAAGGCCCCAGGGACACCAAGCUCAUCCAUGCCAUCCUGGUGCGGCUGAGCGUGCUGCAGCAGGAGCUCAAUGCCUUCACGCGGAAGGCAGACUCAGUCCUCGGCAGCUCUGACAAGGAGCAGCCCGAGCCCUUCUCAUCGCUGCCUGCCUUGGGCUCCCAGGGGCCCUCCAAGGAGAUUCUUCUGGCCAAAGACCUAGGCUCAGACUUCCAGCCACCUGACUUCAGGGACUUGCCGGAAUGGGAGCCCAGGAUCCGAGAGUCCUUCCGCACUGGCGACUUGGACUCCAAGCUUGAUCCCAGCCGCAGCUUCAGGCCUUACCGAGCUGAAGACAAUGAUUCCUACGCCUCUGAGAUCAAGGAGCUACAGCUGGUCCUGGCUGAGGCCCAUGACAGCCUCCGGGGCUUGCAAGAGCAGCUGUCCCAGGAGCGGCAGCUACGAAAGGAGGAGGCUGACAACUUCAACCAGAAAAUGGUCCAGCUGAAGGAGGACCAGCAGAGGGCGCUCCUGAGGCGGGAGUUUGAGCUGCAGAGUCUGAGUCUGCAGCGGAGGCUGGAGCAGAAGUUCUGGAGCCAAGAGAAGAAUAUGCUGGUGCAGGAGUCCCAGCAGUUCAAGCACAACUUCCUGCUGCUCUUCAUGAAGCUCAGGUGGUUCCUCAAGCGCUGGCGACAGGGCAAGGUUUCGCCCAGUGAGGGGGAUGACUUUCUUGAGGUAAAUAGCAUGAAGGAGCUGUACCUGCUGAUGGAGGAAGAGGAAAUAAAUGCACAGCAUUCUGAUAACAAGGCCUACACAGGGGAUAGCUGGACCCAGAACACGCCCAAUGAGUACAUCAAGACACUGGCUGACAUGAAGGUAACACUGAAGGAGCUAUGCUGGCUGCUCCGGGAUGAACGCCGUGGUCUGACUGAGCUUCAGCAACAGUUUGCCAAGGCUAAGGCCACCUGGGAGACGGAGCGGGCAGAGCUAAAGAGCCAUGCCACCCAGAUGGAGCUGAAGGCUGGGAAGGGGGCCGGGGAACGGGCAGGGCCCGACUGGAAGGCAGCCCUCCAGAGGGAGCGUGAGGAGCAGCAGCACCUUCUGGCUGAGUCCUAUGGUGCCGUCAUGGAGCUGACACGGCAGCUGCAGGUCAGUGAGCGCAACUGGAGCCAGGAGAAGCUGCAGCUGGUGGAGCGGCUGCAGGGCGAGAAGCAGCAGGUGGAGCAGCAGGUGAAGGAGCUGCAAAACCGCCUGAGCCAGCUGCAGAAAGCUGCCGACCCGUGGGUCCUGAAGCACUCGGACCUGGAGAAGCAGGACAACAGCUGGAAAGAGACACACAGUGAGAAGAUCCAUGAUAAGGAGGCUGUUUCCGAAGCUGAGCUUGGGGCAACAGGCUUAAAGAGGACCAAAUCUGUUUCCUCAAUGUCUGAGUUUGAAAGUUUGCUUGACUGUUCCCCCUACCUUGCUGGCGGAGAUGCCCGGGGCAAGAAGCUGCCCACCAAUCCUGCCUUUGCCUUUGUGAGUACUGAGCCGGUGGAUCCAGAGAAAGAUGCCAAGGAACAGCCCGGGCUCUCGCCAAGGGACUGCAACCACCUGGGUGCCCUGGCCUGCCAGGACCCCACGGGGAGGCAGAUGCAGCGCAGCUACACAGCUCCCGACAAGACGGGCAUCCGCGUCUACUACAGCCCCCCUGUGGCCCGGCGCCUGGGCGUCCCUGUGGUCCACGAUAAGGAGGGCAAGAUCAUCAUUGAGCCCGGCUUCCUCUUUACCACAGCCAAGCCCAAAGAGUCAGCCGAGGCUGACGGGCUGGCCGAGAGCUCCUAUGGCCGCUGGCUCUGCAACUUUUCACGGCAGCGCCUGGAUGGAGGCUCAGGGGGCAGCCCCUCGGUGGCUGGGCCUGGCUUCCCAGCGGCCCUGCGUGACUUUGAGAUGUCGGGUAACAUGAGCGAUGACAUGAAGGAGAUCACCAACUGCGUGCGCCAGGCCAUGCGUUCGGGCUCACUGGAGAGGAAGGUGAAGAGCACAUCCAGCCAGACAGUGGGCCUGGCCAGCGUGGGCACACAGACCAUCCGCACGGUCAGCGUGGGCCUGCAGACUGACCCACCCCGCAGCAGCCUCCACGGCAAGAGUUGGUCACCCCGCAGCUCCUCGCUUGUGUCCAUGCGCAGCAAGCAGAUCUCCUCCUCCCUGGACAAAGUCCACUCGCGCAUCGAGCGGCCCUGCUGCUCGCCCAAGUAUGGCUCGCCAAAGCUCCAGAGGCGGUCUGUGUCCAAGCUGGACAGCACCAAGGACCGCAGCCUGUGGAACCUGCACCAGGGCAAGCAGAACGGUUCGGCCUGGGCCCGCUCCACCACCACGCGGGACAGCCCUGUAUUGAGGAACAUCAACGAUGGGCUCUCUAGCCUCUUCAGUGUGGUGGAGCACUCAGGGAGCACCGAAUCUGUCUGGAAACUGGGCAUGUCCGAGGCCCGGGCCAAGCCUGAGCCCCCCAAGUACGGCAUUGUGCAAGAGUUCUUCCGUAAUGUUUGUGGCCGGGCACCAAGCCCUACCUUGGUGGCAGGGGAGGAGGGCACCAAGAAGCCAGAGCCCCUCUCCCCAGCCAGCUACCAUCAGCCAGAGGGUAUGGCCAGGAUCCUGAACAAGAAGGCAGCCAAGUCAGGCUGCAGUGACGAGGCCAGACCCACCAUGCUCCCCCAAGUGGGGAAGGAUGGUGUCCCCAGGGAUGCAGAUGGAGCCACUGUCCUUUCCAGUGAGGAUGCCGUUUGUGACUGUAGCACCCAGUCUCUCACCUCCUGCUUCGCCCGGUCAUCCCGCUCUGCCAUCCGCCACUCUCCUUCCAAGUGUAGGCUACACCCUUCAGAGUCUGGCUGGUGUGGGGAGGAGAGGGCAGUGCCCCCCAGCGAGUGACAGAGCAGCCAAGUUCCUGCUUCAACCAGCCCAGUCCCUGGAUAGCAGAAGGGAACCAGCGGAGACAGGCCAGCACCGCCUUGCCCUGGAGGGACAGCAGCUACACCACUGCCACAGAACAGCUUUCGUGUCAAGGUAAAGCAGGAUCUCCUGCUGACCACUGGAUGGUGAUCUCCACCUUGCCAGGGGAAAGCAGUGAGUGGAAGAAAGAUCAAAACUGGGCUUCAGAAGUAAUGGAGAGAUGCAUCAGGAGCCGAUCCCUGGGUCCUGAGGAAGAGCCUUGUCUAGUUCUACCCAUGUCCACUUCAUGGAAGAGCCCAGAAGGGAUACUUCUGGUCAUGCCCUCGGAGAAGAGGGCUUCCAGAGAUGUUCCCUCCUGACCACACACUCUCCCUGAGGAGGAGAAACUGCUGAGAAGAACAGGCUUUGCUCUAAGGUUCAACUCGGGGUUCCUGGUGAGCUGGGCUGGGCAUUAUCACCAUCAUUUCCUUCCCUCCUCCACCUCCUGCUUCCAGCCUGUUGCUCUCGAUUGCUGGGACUUUAGGGGGUAUGAUAGGGCAGUAGCCAGGGCUAAGGACCUGCAUGGAAUCCUGGAGCCCUGGAUCUCCCUGCCCAUAUCCUGGAUGCAGCGAGAACUGGGAGAUGAGGUGGGAAAGCAUAGGCUUAGGGAUGGGGAGCCAUCGGAAUUACCCCCCUUGCCCAGUGACUUGGGGGCCCCUAGCCUUCCCAGGUGACUCCUUGAGGACAGAAAGAGAAUCAGUCUCAAGAUCUGGUGCAUAGAUCAAUGCCUAAAUCCCUACUGCCUUGAUG